AUGAAGCAUUUGCAGACGCGCAAGAAGAGGGAGCAGGAGAUGCAAGGCAUCAUGCAGCGAGGUCCCUUGAGGGCUGCCCCGUGCGGGAAAAGGACUCCUCGACAUAUGGAUCUCCUGGAGGCUGCGUCUCAAACAGACAGUGAUUCGUUGUAUCAGAGGCAGACACCCAGGCUGGACAACAGAGUACACCCGGAGAUCGGUGUUGGGAAGGAAAAUGGUCCUGAGCAAUCGCAGAAGCAGAAACCUAAGCCUUUCAAUGGCGAUUCGUCCUACCACCAAAUUGCGUACAACCAAUACAUGUCGAGUGCCUUCGGACUUGAAAGUGAAGGAGAACUCAGACCUAGGAAUGCUCCUGUAGAACGAUUGCGAAGGCCUGAGGUCUCGCUCCACCGACCGGACUCCGAUGCCAGCGCGAUGACGACCGACUCAAUGGAGGUUAAUUUUCACAUGGCUGACAAAGACUACCCGGCGCCGUCUGUGCUCUCAGCCAAGGAUAGAAGACCAAAGAUUCACGUUCAAAUACCUGGAAAACAACCACCCACGAAGCGGCCGACGUCGACUGCCCAUUUGGCCACGCAGAUCGAUAGGCGGAAAAGCAAGCUAAGGACUAAAUAUUCGUCGCAGCAAGUAUCUCCACCAUCAGCGAAUGGCGCUCCAAACAAUGAAUUGCCUGCGCGACUUUCCGUGGUGUCUCCACUUUCAGUCAUGGAGAUGCCAAAGCCGCGAAGGCCGUUCUCCGCUUGGUCGCUCGAGGACAUGACCAAGAACGAAGGCAGGAAAGCCGCAGCGAGGGGCCAAUCUUCAUUGGAAAAACCUGGAAAUUCGGACUCAUCGGACGACACUGGUGACACGGACGAUAGAUCAUCGACGUACACAAGGCGGUCUUCAAUGUCCAGUCUCACGUCAGAAACCACGGCGAAAACCUUGACGCGGCGGCACAGUAUUGCGUUUUCGAUUGCUGACCCAACUACUGCGGGAGUCUUUGACCCCGCACCAAUCGUGCCUCAAGUCUUCUCUGGUGUAAGAGCGAUGCAAAGUACUACUUCUUUGGCUCCUGACACGAACAAACCUUUACCACCAGAACCUGGCCUAGAGGAAGUUAGACCACUUCGGUUGCCGAACCAGUCAUAUUCUCGCGGGAGCGAUUUACAUCCAAGGCGUAAAGCACCAUCUCCCCUUAACAUUUCUCGUUCAUCAAGUGUUUCCACUGCCCAUCCAAAUCGCAUGUCAUCACUGCGAUCCAAAUAUACCCCUGCGGAUCUUGACGCUCUGGAUGCGGCAUUUGUGAAGUCUAGCCCACAAGUUGCUGAUUUCCAUCGCCCUCGGGAGCCAUCCUGGGAACAAGCUCAGACUGCGUUGGAGGAGCAUUUGGAUACGAUUGCAGAAGAUGAAUCAUCUUCGAUAGUCGUUCCGCUUGCUUGCGACCCUCUACAAAUCAGCCGUGGUCCAAAUGAUAUGGUGCCUAUGCGACAGGCUCCAGCCCCUCCGUCAGCAGCAGCCAGUAUUAAGUUAAGUGAUGGUAGUAUUAGUAGUCGGAACCGGCUUAAGAAACAGCCAUCAAAACAUGUCGUUAUGCAAAUGAAAUCCGAUGGAAGCGAAAUCCGGAAACGUAUUUCUGCGCCCGUGAGCGUGAGCGGAAGCAUGAGCAAAGCAAACCGUGUUCUUGGCAAAAAUGAGCCUGAGCAGCCAGUGCCUUCAAACAGGUCAGUUCAGAUGUCCAGAGAAGCCAGUAAUGAGUCAAACUGGGACUCGAGCGACUCUCCUGACACCUCUUACAAUGGUGAUACUUCAAGCAACCGAGGAGACACAACUACUCCUGAAACCGAUGUAUCGUCAAUACCGGACUAUGCCUUUGAAGAGAUAAAAGCGAGGAUGGAGUUGCUUAGUCCUAAGAAUGAUUCUCCCACCCUUCCGGAAGCUGACAAAGCCUGGGAUCACGCAGAACCUUUCUCUCCUAAUAGGCUGCCUAUCCAAGAACAUAUGAAUAUGGAUUCAAGAUCAUGCACUUCCGAGAACCAUGUAACGACCAACGACCAGACUCAGUCAUCGGUUCCCGAUGUUGAGAUUACUCCUAUGAAAGAUGACUUAGAAAUUUCCGAUAAGAUUACCGCCAGUUUUGAAGAUGUCCAAGACUUUCCGCCCGCUCGUCUGAGACAACGCCUAGGAAGCGUACAGGAGAGCAUUAGACCUCGGUCACUUGCCUCGAUUGCAGCGUCCGAGAUUCCAGAUCUAUAUGCCGACUUGCCGGCUUCGUUAGAAGAAAUGUCCGCUGAGGAGGCUGACCGCGCGAUCUCCGCUGACGCCGCCGAGCGCGUCCUUCUCCGCAUACUUGAGCACCUCGAUAACCUUCAAGAUCUGUUCGCUACCGCAACUGUAAGCCGCGGGUUUUAUCGUACGUUCAAACGACACGAGCUUCCUCUCAUGAAAAAUGCCCUUUACGGCAUGUCGCCGGCUGCUUGGGAGUUGCGGGAGGUCACUCCUCCAUAUCCUGGUUUGCAAGGUGACGGUGAAUCGUCCCCUCUCCUUGACUACACACCCACUCUUUACCUCCAGCAUUACAUGCGCGACAUGUAUACGAUGAUUGCUCUAAAGUCUAUGAUUCUCAUUCAUUGCGAAUCUUUCCUCCGAGCCGACACUAUCUCGGCGCUUGCAGGCGGUGAGACAGAGCGUGCAUCUCAGAUUGAUGAUGCAUUUUGGCGGGUUUGGGCAUUCUGUCAGAUUUUCGGGUGCGGAACUAAUCGAGAGGAAGACAUCCUUGCUCAAAUGGAUUGGCUUCGCGGUGGCCCUCUCGCGAAGAAGGAAAAACGGUAUCAGAAUCCAGCUGCUAAAUUCAGUGCCGUCUUUGUGCCAGAUGUCUCAUUUGGCUUUGGCAACGUCGACGGUCUUACAGCGGAGGAGCUUUACGACAUGACUGAAAUCUGGACAUGCAUGGGUGUCCUCGUGAGAGGAUUUCACGGCAAAAGGCAAGAGGCUAGGGAGUAUGGUAUCUUUGAUAAUGCCUGUGACCUCACCCCUGGUAACGUGGAACAAGAAGACGCUGUCCUGGAAGAAUGGACGUACCAUCUACUGACGCUUGCCCCGCCAACUGUCCUCGACGUUACUUCCCCCACAACUCCCACCGCUGCAACCUUCGCCCAUGCGCGUUCUCGGAGUUACACGACUUGGACACCUCCGUCUGUCUCUCGUGCCACAUUUCUGAAGGAAGCGCUGUCCCGAGUCUAUCAGGAUCGUAUUGCCGAAACACACUCUAAUUCACCUCCUGUGUCUCCAGCAGCCGUUAUCACCAACCCUUCGAUUCAAGAGCCGGACGAGCAGGAGAUCUCUAGCGAAAUUUCAGCCGCCCGUUGGCGAUGCGCACGCCACGCUGCAGAGAUCAGAGCGAAAAGAAACCAGCCAGGAUUCGAUAAAUUGCCGCCUAGUGAGGAACGUCCUAUGAGCAACUUCCCGUCUGUGCUAGAGAAACUUGACUCUGGUCACGCGGAGGCGGAUACCCCACCUGUACCAGCUAUCCCACCUAGGGCCUCCCGCACUCCAUCGUCAGCUGAGUCGAAGAGUUCUCCAAAAAAGACUCAUGCUAAGCAAACUUCCACUGAUGACACUUCCAAAACCAUGGUCUCGGCCCUUGUCGUUCCGCUUGGGCCUCAAGUCCGAGAUCCGGUCGACGUCGCGGUCGAACGACUUGUCGCUAUGGGAUUUGAGAGCAAGAAGGCAAAGCGCGCUCUUGCCGAUAGCGACACUGGCAACUCUAUCAAUUUCGAGGCUGCGCUUGAGAGUCUUGUGAGGGAGCGCAAGCGCGAUGUCGAGGGUCUCAUGCAUUUGGGUUGGAGAGGAACCGUCAAAGAACGAAGAAGGGAGAUCGAACAGCGUCAGUCGCAGCAACAAGCAGGAACCCUCGGAAAGGAGCCAGCCGUGGGGUUGGGUAUUGGACUUGCUUGA